AUGUGCAGCAUCACCCAAACUUCUUCUACCCCCGAGAAAACUCGCCAGGGGAAAAGCAUUUCGACGGCUCUCAUCGUAGCUGGGCUGAUUCUAGGAGCGCUAUGGUCUCGUGGUCUCCCUCUUGGAUCAUUGCCGGUUACCUACAUGAGCACUGCCUUUGCAAUGGUACUUGGCUUUUUGACCUCGCUGGUCUGGUUUGUCAACUACUACAACGGACAGAAACUCCGAGAAUGUUCCCCAAUGACGAAACACUUGGCGGCAAUGUCCAGAAAGACAGCCCCUGCCGAAUGGGUUGUUGACUUGGACAAGAUUGCAAACCCUGAAGGCUUGAGCCAAAUGUGGAAGGAGGAAAUUCUUAGCAAAGAUGAAAGCUACAACAUACUACUUACUGGCGUGACAGGAUACGUUGGCCGGGCUUUUCUAUUCCAGCUUCUUCGUGAGAUUGCGAAUGGCGAAGCGGCAACUGGAAAGAAAGUUCAGCACAAGGUGUAUGUCAUGGCCCGUGCAAAGGCCCGAAAGAACCUCAGUGCAGCUCAACGACUGCUGAAGCUCAGAGAUGAACCGAUGUUCGCACCGUACACCAAGGAAUGGGACGAGGUGGUUAUCGCAGCACAAUCGGGUGACCUCCAGGAAGUCAACUGUGGAAUGUCAGAGGAAACGCUGGAGAUGCUUGCUGGUGCCAAGAUCACUCAUGUAGUCCAUUGUGCUGCUGAUGUGAACUUCAACCGCCCACUUGCUGACUCGGCUGGAAUCAAUAUUUCACCUGCGCUUCAGCUGCAGGGUCUGGCUCAACAGUGGCCUUCUUGCAGGCGCUUUGUUCACUGUUCCACCGCCUUUGUGAACCCAGGACACGGUUCCGAUGAAGCACCAAUGGCAGAGCAGCUCUUCUCUCUCGGGAAGUAUGACCCUCAGGCUCUCUACGAUUCUAUGCGCGGGGACCAGAAGCUUGCUUUGGCCGUCAAGGAGGAGAUGGCCUUUCCUAACAACUACGUCUUCACCAAGUGUGUUGCAGAGCACCUUGUUGUUCGCAACAACAAGCAGAUGGAGCUCAAGAUUGUUCGUCCUGCUAUUGUAGGUCCUGCUUGGGCGCUCCCCGAACCAGGCUGGAAUGGCGAGAAACCUUCUACCAUUACUGCUUUGCUCCUUCUCUGGGGCACACGUGUCAUCCGAUUCGCCCCAUUGACAAAGCGGGGUAUCCCCAUGGUUCCCGUUGAUGUUGUCGCUGUUGCUAUCAUUCACGCCAUGAUCACACCUUCACCCGCAACAGUCAAGCCGAGUGGUGAGACCCCAGUCAGUAUCCGGAACCUGAUCUGGUCGCACAAGUCCCCACGUCAAUGCAUUGAUGGAAUGCUUAUGGCCAACGUGUGUCUUCCCUCGGCUGUGAUGAAACACCACUUCUCCGCUACGGAAAAUGCCAUUUCCUUCGCCCUCAUCAAUACUGUGUACAAGAUCCCCCAACUGUUCCCAAUCCUGCACCUGAUCUUCAACCUUGGUCCACUCUAUGUCUUGCAGCUGGUUUGCUGGACCGUGAAGACCCUGGGCAUCAAAUCUAUCCUGGAGCAAGUUCCAGUUGUCAAGCUCCUUCGAUUCUCUGACAUGCUCGCACUCUACAAGCCUUACAUGGGACGAGAAUACUACUUUGAAAGCAGUUUUGAUGUGCCAGAAACCUUUGAGAAUUACCAGUACUGUGCUAGCUUGUUCAAGGCCACGCAUUCAUUUUGGGAGUCGCUCUUCCCAAACACCGUGGAAGGCCUUGGAGAGACGGAGCUUCUCCCACAAGGUAGAUUUGAUCUUUGGUGGGCAUUGACUUUCCCGAGCAAGGACUUUGCCAAUAGGAUGAAAGCCUACCUCAGUUGCAAGAUCCUCAGGGAAACCCAUGGAAGCGCCUCUGUUGACAUUACUACAUUGGGACCUGUCUCAACCACCAUGAUGGAACUUGAACCAACUGCUACGGAAAGGAAACAUUGCGUGUUGCUUGCUUCCAAGAAUGAGUCUCCAAUUGACGAUGUCUUGACCAAGUUUGUAGCCUUCUCCACGGCAGCCCUCGGAAUCGAUGUCCCUGCUACCGUUGGUCAGUCUGACUUUGAAGACGAAAGGCUUGGCGACAAGCUCGCGGAGAUCAAGUCUCAAUACGACCGUCACGUGACUCUGGCCGCAACGCUUCAAGACUCACCUGCAUCGGAGACUUUCCUUCGUUCCCUCGUGAACAGUGCUGGCAAGCAAGACUACACAGUGGUUCCUCUUUGCAUGGAUUACGACCGAGUCAAGGAAAGUGAUCUCAAGAAGCAAGACUUUGGAAAUGCAACCGACCUUGGAAUCUGGGAUAUGUUGUCGCUCUACUGGAAGGUCUGCAUCGAAGGCAAGCACUGCAAAGCAUUCAGUGGUGUCAAGAUCUCCUUUGGUGAACCCAGCAAGCUGAGUGUCCAAUCGGACUUCCAAUCUCUGAUUCGCAACGUUGAGCGUGAGCACUGCCGUCUGUCGUCGAUUUCCAGCACUCAUCUUGCAGCUGCUGAGGCUGAUUUGAAAAUUCCAACUGAGACACUCAUAGGUGCUGCCAAGACACUUGGUGUUAGCGUCAGUGACUGCAGUUCCGACGACGAGGAUUCUCAGUCCCAGCCUUUGACGCCUCCGCCAAGCCCAGGCAACUGGAACCUUCACAAGCAAUGGAUCCCCAACUUUGCCCCCUACCUGAAUGAGUCGCAUCCCGACUGGGCUAGCUAUAUGGCCGGUGGCCAAGUUGUCCCAAGCAGCGCCCCCCGAAACGGCGAGAUAGAAGCUGUCCUAAAGGCAAUCUGCUCUGUGUUUGAUUCAGCCGACUAUUUGGCCACCAGGGCCAAGCUCUCACUGCACGAGAAGAACAAAGUCAAUCCCACCAGGGAGGAGCUGGUCAAGGAAAUGGAAUCUCUCGACGGCGAAUUGAAAGAAGCAGCAAGUUCCUUUAUCUUUGAAGCAGCUGCCUCCAUUGCCCUUGGUAAGACUUUGGCUUCUGUUGGAACUGGGACCUGUGAAGAGAAGAAGGACUACUACAGCUACUAG